GUGCGUUGGGGGGAAUAACGACAAUGCACCGUCAGUGAGUGCGGCUGUGUGGGUGUUGCGGCCAUCGCUGCAUGAGUGAUGUUGGGGACUCGGCCGCGAUCCUUACGCUAUUAGCAUUGUCAGAGCUAGUUUCGAUGGGGCGAGGAGGUGAUCACGGCUCCUUGCGCAAUGAGGAACCGUCGGUACAGCUCACCGCGGGUGGUGUGGUUGCCGUCAAGACCCUGGCAAUGGACUUCUACUGGGCUGAGGCUGAUGAGCCUCACGCGUCGCGCAGGAAGAUGAUUUUAGCUAAGUACCCAGAGAUCCGCAAGCUGUUUGGUCCUGAUUCGGCCGCAUUCCCCCAGAUUGUAGCCAUUGUAUUGCUUCAGAUAUGGACAGCAACUCUCAUGCAAGAGGCGAGGUGGCCAGUUGUAGUAACGGUAGCCUACUUUUUUGGAGCAUUCUUGAAUCACAACUUGUUUCUUGCUAUUCAUGAGCUAAGUCAUAAUCUGGCCUUCUCGACGAUUGUUUACAACCGGUUGCUUGGCAUAUUCGCGAAUCUGCCAAUCAGCAUCCCUAUGUCGGUAACCUUCCAGAAGUACCAUCUUGAGCAUCACAAGUAUCAAGGAGUGGAAGGUAUGGAUAUGGAUAUUCCCAGUUACACGGAAGGUCGCUUGGUGACGAAUGUCUUCAGUAAGAUUGCGUGGGUGUUAUGCCAAUUGUUCUUCUAUGCGUUCAGGCCUCUCUUUCUGAAUCCCAAAAAACCAGGUUUCUGGGAAGUCUCGAAUCUUCUUUGUCAAGUGGCGUUUGAUGCUUGUUUGUUAUACUUCGCGGGCGUUAAAGCUCUCGCGUAUUUGCUACUCGCAACGUUUCUCGGAGGUGGUAUGCACCCCAUUGCGGGGCACUUCAUCGCGGAGCACUACGUAUUUUUGAAAGGACAAGAAACUUAUUCUUAUUAUGGUCCUCUUAAUAUGCUCACCUGGAAUGUCGGCUAUCACGUGGAGCACCAUGACUUCCCUCGAAUUCCUGGUUGCAAGCUACACCGGGUGAGGCAAAUCGCUCCUGAAUUUUACGAAGACUUAGGCCACCACACAUCGUGGUCGUAUGUGAUUUACAAGUACAUCACGGAUGCUACUGUGGGACCCUUCAGCAGGAUGAUGAGAAAAGCUGAGUCUCGCACUGUUAAGACAAAGCAUGGCAAAACCAACUGAGCAUGUGGCCCUGAUGUUGCGACGAACUGCUAAAAUACCCCUACCCUCUACCUGCUCCAGAGUCUUUACUACGAUUUCCAUGAAUGAUUUGGCGUGGGUGAAAUCCUAAUCAUCAGCACCCACAAUAUGCUCCUGUGGAUUUUCGGGUCAUCGCAUUCCACCACUGCAGUGGCGGUGGAGGAGCAGGCGAAUCUCUGCAUUUAUUGAAAGCAGGGAUUGGAAAGGGGGAAUUUUUUGGUCUCAGCAUACACUCGGCAUCUUACUAUUUUUUUUUCAUACAAAAGCAGUGACAUAUUAGAAUGUAUUCUAGGUAGAUCCUCUGACAACACCAGAUGUGGAAACAAGGGAUCAUGUCCUGUGUUUCUCUUUGCUCACACUUCAUCGAUUGUGUGCCAAAUGCAAUGAGACCCGAAAGGUUCUAGUAGAAGAUCAAUCAAACAUUAUUUUUUUGAGUACCCAAA